AAAGGGCAGACAAAAGGGGGAGGAGGAUGAAAGCACCGGUAUCAUUUGAUAUCAAAUGUCGCUUCCUUAAAGAAUAAGCUUUAAUAAAAUGGCGAGGAGGGAGAGCGGCCGAGAAGGCGGCGCCGAAGGGCCGGCAGGAGACCCUAACCCUAGACCUCGUAGGCCAGCUGGCACCCCGUGGGUGGAGGUCCACCUCUUCCGGCGAGGAAGAGGGCCGAUCGAUAUCUUCCGGUCGAGCCUCGGAGGGCGGGAUCAGGACCGCCUCGAGGUCCGAUCGAUCCUCGCCAGGUACAGGCUCAAAUCGGUCUUCGCCUUCAAGCCCCCCUCGGAGAGGGGUUUCCCGAUCCGUUUCAGCCCAGAUGGGACAUCUCUCCACCCCUACCGAGACGGAACCGUAGUCUUCAUCGACGGAGAGCCAAAAGACUCGUUAUUAAAACCCGUUAUCAAGAUCCUGAUUGGUAUAGCUGUUCCAACCCUUCUGAUUGUCAUCUUGAUAAAAGAACUCCCGGAGACGGCCAAAGCAUCAAGGUUGGCGACCGGACUCUUCCCGCCUUGGCUUCUUGCUUGUAUGCUUGUUCUUUUCACUCGCCUGAGGAAGAGACCAAGGACGUCCUGAAGAAAAAUAUGUUGCACUAGCUUAUGAUGUUAUUUUUCUUGUAAUUAGCGAUCUAAUCUAUGCUGUGUCAGUUACACUACUCUCAUAUCAUUCUUGUGCGAAAUUAUUAUUGGUAUAUGAUACCGUUUACAGAUACUAUCAAAGGUAAACAACGCUGUGAUAUUCUUGUAAAAA